AUGGUACAUCUUGUGGCUGUACCAGAGACAAUCACGGCAAGUGGCUGUGCUUGUGUCUUUAUUGACACCAUCUUCCGACUUCAUGGGUUGCCCCGUGAACUCGUAUCAGACAGAGAUCCACGAUUCACUGCUGAUUUCUGGCGUUCCGUGUUCAAAUCACUCGGAACGCGCUUGAAGAUGUCGACAUCUGAUCAUCCAGAGUCAGAUGGUCAGACGGAACGUGCCAACCGUGUCCUUGAAGAGAUACUUCGAGGAUACGUACACUCCUUUAAGAGUUGGAGUGAGUUUUUGCCGAUGGGGGGAGGGACUCGCGCGAGCAAAAACCGAUUUGAUUUACGCUCAUCACGCUUUGACGAAGAAGUCAUUGCGUUUGAUGCCGAUAUCGAUAACAUCGAUAUCGAAGAAGAUGAUGCCAGCGAGAGUGCGGAAGCCCUCACUGAAGAAGAUGAUCCCAGUGAGAGUGCGGAAGCCCUCACUGAAGAAAAGGUUGAUGUUGCUGCAGUGCGCUCAUAG